GGAAAAACACAGCGCUUUGUUUUCACUCAGAGGACGAAGGAAGAGCUUCUGCUGCUUUUUUGACUCGUUACUGUUUCUGAAGUUUCACUGACAAACUCUUUGUUGUAGAAACAAACAUGAGUCACGUCGACGUGAAAAACCUGAAGCCCACCAGCUUCGAAGACGAGUACUACGAUGAAUAUGAAUAUUACAACCUGACCGAUAAAUACGCAGAGGGCUCGGCCCGGAAAGGCAGGACAAAGAAGGAGGCCAGUGAAAACACCAACAGACACAACCCCGGCGGGCACGAGCGCAAGAUCGUGGAAAAACUCCAGAACAGCGAGAAGAAAGCCAAGGAGUGAAUACUGAGGGAACUCGGACGGCUUAUCCCGGACACCGACCACGGCCUCCUUGGCGACAGAACGAGACGUGCAGACGGCAGGAGCGUCUUUGAGCUCCGACUUGGGCGAGGUUCUACCUGGGCGUGAAGGAGGAGCCUGCAGAUCCAGAUGUUCCAGCUGCAGCUUCAGGGAGGAGAUCUUCAUCCUCUUCAUCCUCUCUCUGGCAGCAGGUAGCAGACUGUGGCUUCUCUGCCUGUAGGUGUUGUACAGCACUCACCUGUGGUGGCGUGCACCUGGUCCCUGCUCGGACCAUGACGGUGCACUGUGAUUGUGGUGGUGGUAGUUGGAUGAUUUCUGUGUGUUUCAAUGGAUUUUUAAAAAAGUAUUUUUACCAUUAAAAACUUUUUGAAGUGA